UCCAUCAUUACAAUCAUAAAUAUACACACUUUCGUGCUUAGAUAACCAUGUUGAGUUGAUGUAAUAAAUAAGCCAAAUAAAUAAGCCACCAACACUUGCCGGCCUUUUAGCAUCUCUCCUAAGUUAGCAAGUGACUCUCAUUCUGUGUAUAGCAGUUAAUUCAACCAUUUAAACAGUUCUCAACAUACCCUGCUGAACAAGCCUAAAUUUGAAAAAGAUUUCUGAAGAUUACACACAUCCAACGCGAUCUCUGCAGAAGAAUCCGCCUGCGCAACAGUAACGAAGGAUGCACAAUGAUUCUGCUUACCAAAUAUAUACAGGCGACGGCCGUUUUAUAAUUUUAAACGCUCGACCUCCAUUGCAGAAAUCUCAUCUUCAAUGGAGAAGAAGAGAUUGGAGGUGAAUAUAAUCUCAGCCCAGGACUUGGAAAAACCCCUUUUGCGGCGUUUUCGGAGAAUGAAAACCUAUGCCGUAGCAUGGAUCUGUCGAAAUGAAAAAAUGUCGACGCGGAUCGACAGAAGGGGCGGAGUAUUUCCUACCUGGAACGAUAAGCUCAUUUUGAGCUUGGAAGAUCGAUUCUUGCAAAGCCAGACUUGUGCUCUAACAGUCAACAUUUAUCGCCAGGGUUUUUUCAGGGAUUCGCUCAUCGGAAGUGUGAGGAUUCUCAUGUCCGCUCUGGUUACAGAUGGCGUGAAUUUUUUUGUGGCUCAGGUGCGCCGGCCCUCAGGGCGUCCGCAGGGGAUUCUCAAUCUGGCUUCUGUGAUUUUGUAUGGGAAAAAUAAUGCUUUUGAAGAUAAAUUUGAGGGGGAUGUUAAAGGGAUGUCGAAGCCUGAGAUUGUUGUUGAUCAGAAGGUCGAUUCAACGAAUGGUGGUGAUUUUUCUGCAAAUUUAGGCGUUCGAAGCAACGAAUCCCUAGAACGGUGAUUGAUUGUUCAUUUUUUCGGAGUUUCUUCGCAAUUGGUGAUCCUGUGUCUGUGAUUUCUUCGGUUUGGGAAAAUCUCUUUGUGCCCAUCUGUAUUUUUAAUUUAGUGCACAGUUUGCUUAUUUCUUCUUAGUUUGGAAGAUUUUGGGGUUUUCUGGUGAAGUGUGGUUCAGAUGUUUUUGAAAUGAGGGCAAUUGUAAGAAGGGCAAUUUUACAUUCUUUUCAAAUUGUUUGUUGGAUUAUAUUGUGAUUUAGUAGGGUUUUUAUAUCAAUUCGGAUAGGCCGAAAUUUCCACGACUAACAGUCAAAGAUUCAAAGGUAUCCAUUUUGUCAAAGUCAUUUGGGACACCAUCUUGGCCUCAAAGGUAUUCAUUAUGUCAAAGUCACCUGGGACACCAUCUUGGUCUCAUUCCUUAUAAUGUUGGGGCUUUGCAUUCUGCAAGACUAUUUCUAGUGGGUGCAUUUCAAACCAUUCAGCUUCAACAAUAGACCAUGGGCUUAGUGAUAGAAGCCAUAUCUUAAUUAAGUUGUUAUA